AGGUCUCUCAGGCAAAAUGGCGGAGCAGCAGGCCGACGAGCUGGUCGCAAAGGCCGAGAAGAAACUCAAGGGUGGCAUGUUCGGCAGUCUGUUUGGGAGCAAGAAAGAAGAUGCGAUCGAGUUGUACCAAGAGGCAGCAAACAAGUACAAGCAGGCAAAACGAUGGAGCUCGUGCGGAGACGCUCACAGGAAGAGUGCGGAGCUGCAGCUAGCUUUGAAUGACAAGUUCGGAGCUGCUUCCAGCUUUCAGGCAGCUUUUCAAGCAUACAAGAAGGACGCUGGCUCGUCUACGGUUGCGGUCGAAUGCUUGAAUCAAGCUAUCGAUCUUCACAUCAACAACGGGCGAUUCUCGCAGGCUGCCAAGUUUCACAAAGAAGCUGGAGAAUUGUUUGAGUCAGAUUUGAAUUAUCCGAAAGCAAUCGAACACUUCCAGCUUGCUGGAGAUUAUUACAAAGGAGAAGACCAGACGAGCUCGUCGAACCAAUGCUUCUUGCGCGUUGCUGUCCUAUCGGCAGAGCAAGAGCAGUACACGAGGGCGAUCGAGGUGUUCGAAUCCGUUGCCUCCUCCUCCUUGGAUGUCGCCCUCCUCAAGUGGAGCGUCAAAGAUUAUUUCUUUCAAGCCGGUCUCUGCCACCUUGCCACCGGCGACGUAAUCGCGUUCAAGCGAGCGGUAGAUCGGUAUCAAGACCUCGAUGUCAGCUUCUCUGACACGAGAGAGUGCAAAUUAUUACAAGAUCUUGGGGAGGCAUACGAGGAACAGGAUGUCGAGAAAUUCACGAAUGCUGUCUUUGAAUUCGAUCAGAUAUCGAAACUCGACAAGUGGAAGACAUCUCUGCUCCUCAAAGUCAAGAAUCAGCUCAAAGAAUCCGAUCUCACUUGAAGUUGUGCGAGAGAAGAUGAUGUUUGUCAAGUGUUCCUGUUGAGCACGGCGCUGCCAGUUCUAGUGCGGGUGCGAGGAGAAGAUGUUGGAAGAAUGAGAGGAGUGAGAGGUGGUAAGUAGCAGGUGUGAGCUACGGAUGUAGAAGAUAUGACACAAUUGUUCAAUGAAGUGCAUCC